AUGCCCUCCGCGUUCUUCUACAUUGACCAGAUCUAUGCUGCUCUCUUUUUGAUUGAGCUCGUGCUGCGGAUGAUCUCGGAAGGAGGCCCCCCCUUCUUCUUCAAGUCUCCUAACAUCGCAUGGAACUACUUGGAUUUAAUGAUCAACGCCACCUCAGUCCUGAAUUUGGUCUCCGCAGUUGCCAGCACCUCAAACCAGGACGCUGAGACCAUCAAGGCAUCUGGAAACAUGCGCAUUAUCCGCAUCCUACGAUUGACAAGGAUUAUUCGAGUGGUGCGCAUUGUGAAGAUUGUCCGCUUCAUCAGGGCCCUCAGGUCUUUGGUGCACUCGAUCUUCUGUACCAUGAAGGUCUUGCUGUGGUCAGUCCUUCUCCUUGUGAUGAUCAUGUAUGUCUUUGCGAUUGUCUUCACCGAUGUGAGCAGCGAGUAUUCUCGUGGUUUUGAGGAGAUCAGUGAAGCUAACUUAAAAUUCAUUCGGGAACACUUCCUGGAUUUGGAGCGGUCAAUCAUGACAUUGUUCCAAAGUAUUUGCAAUGGGAUUGCGUGGGGUGAAGUGGCCGACAAGUUGAAUGAGCUGAGCCGUAUUUGGGGCUAUCUCUAUGUGACAUACAUUGCAUUCUGCCUUUUCGCGGUCCUCAAUGUAAUGACUGGAAUGUUCUGCCAAUCUGCAAUCGAAAGUGCUGAACGCGACCAAGAGCUACACAUUCAAACCGUUCUGAGCACCAAGCAGCAACAGAUUGAGACGUUCAUGUCCAUGUUUGAGAGGCUUCAGCACGACCUUGGACGAAGACCUACUGGUAACCUGACCUUCAUGGAGUUUGAGGAACUGUUUUGCAAACCGCACAUCCGUUCAUUUUUCGAGGCCUUGGACGUGGAGACAAAGGAUGCGUGGACCCUGUUCAACCUCAUGGAUGUCUCAGGAAGUGGUGAUUUGGAGGCCUCGGAGUUCGUCGAAGGUUGCAUGCGCCUCAAGGGCCCGGCCCGCGCCAUCGACGUCUCCUUGAUGAUACGCGAGCAGCGACGCACGCGGAAGAAGCUCUUGGGCCGCUUGGCGGCGCUGUUGACCCGGUUGCCGGGUGUUUUGUUUUUUGUUUGGCAUACACCUAGGGCAUCACGUAAUGUUGGACUGUCUUUAGCAUUAGAGCCAAGGGUUAGUAGUGAUGGGGUAUUCAGAAGAUAG